AUGGCUGGACCUGAGGAAAGGGGUGGCAGAGGUGCUGGUGGCAGAGGAGAAGCCCAAGCUCAAGGCCAACCCCGUGACUCAGCCAUGGCGCCCGUGCAACCAAGUGUUGGCCCAUCUAGGGAUGAGCCUAGAGUGUUUGGCCUUGACAAGUUCAAUGGUGACAACUUUGCUGAGUGGUCCUUCAAAAUGGAGAACAUAUUUGACCACUAUGACCUGCUGGAGGUGAUGGAAGGAACGGAGAAGCGUCCCGAGAACGACCCGGAGAAGAGCCCGUGGGUGCGGAAGAGCGCACAAGGCUACCUCCUACUUGGGCAAGCGUUGGGGAGCAGCCAAAUCCGUCACAUCAAGCCCUUCCAGCGUGAACCAGAGAAGGGACCAAAAGCAUGGGCUGCUCUCAAGGGUGUACACGCUCCUGCAACAGCGGCGGUAGCUGUGGUGUUGGAACGGCAAAUGGCGACGUUACGAAUUGAAGAGGAUGAAGCGGUUGAAGAAGGGGUGCAGAAAUUCUUCGACUUGUUGACGCGGCUUGAGGGAGCUGAUUUGAACUAUAGUGAGCUCCAAAAGAAGACCAAGUUGCUGGCCCUACUCCCGGAGUCAUGGUCCUCGCUCAUCACCAACCUUAAUCGUGACUUGCCCCGCCUCUCGCUUGAAGACGUGAAGCGAGCUAUCCUUCAAGAGGAUUUCCGCCGCCGUGAAUUGGCGAGUGCGGAUGGCGCUGGGGCAGCGAGCAUCGGCCGUGGAUAUGGUCGAGGAAGAGGCAGAGGACGAGGGGGAGGAAGGUUUGGUGGCAGCAACUUCGGCGGAGGCCGUGGGAGUGGCGGUUACGGCAGCGACGAGAAGAACUACGGACGCGGUCGCGGCCGAUUCGACGGCGAGUGUCACUAUUGCCACAAGAGCGGACACAUGUGGCGCGACUGCUACAAACUCCCUGAUGGUUGGACCCCUGCUCAAGGCCAAGAGGGUAGAGGAGCAGGAGGAGGGAGAGGAAGAGGCCGUGGAGGCCGUGGCGGUCGCGGUGGCGGAGCUGCAAACAUGAAGAGCGGAGACAACGACAAGGACCCGAGCGACGAUCGAUACCCGGGUCUAUUCUACUUCGUGUCGACGCAAGUACCGGCUGGUCCAGAGAAGGAUGAAGGCUUUGAGGAGCCAGCAGCUGUGGGGAAGGUGACCCUACACCCCCUGGACUAUUGGGUGAUUGAUAGUGGCGCUACCUAUAGCAUGACACCUCGCCCGGACUUGCUCACCGAACUCGAGCCGUCACCGGUGAAGCAUGUCACAUCGGCUUUGGGGCAGCGAGCAGAGGUGAAAGGCAUGGGGAAGGCCAUGUUCAAGGGUGCUGAUGGGAAGAUGGUGGGCCUCAAGAACGUGCUUUGGGUGCCCAGCCUUGCUGCAAACCUGAUUUCCGUGCGGCGGUUGGCAAAGGCCGGCAUGGACACUAACUCGAAGGGAGCCAAGACCUACACCGCAAGGCUUGGCGAUCGGAUUCUUUGGGACCUUCAUGAGGACAGAGAUGUCUACAGCGAGAUGUGGCAGAUCCCUGUGGUCCCAAUGCCUAAGGAGAGGCAAGUGGCAGCAAGCGUCAGCACUAAAGGUGGAGCGGUUGGUAGCGGUGAUUGCGCGGACGGUCGCGCUAAGGAGAAGGAGUCCAAGAAGUGCAAUCUUGGAGGGACCAGCAAGUUCAGUGAACCUAAGGAGACUGGUGCAGCAACCAAGGAGCAGCAAAAGGGUGAGGAGAACCCCGAGGCAACAGCGGAGGAGGACUACGGAGAGAGUAUGUGGGGCGCUAUUGCGAGCGCGGCAUUCUCCAAUCCAACUUCGGCUACGGGGGAGUGUGAUUGGCUCACCUUGCAUCGGCGCAUGGGGCAUGUGGCCCUGCCCAUCUUGCAGCAGCUAGUGAAGAAUGAGAUGGUUGCUGGCAUACGUGUGAAGGGGGAGCCCGAUGAGGUACUUGGCUGCCCGACGUGCAUGCAAGCCAAGUUCACCCGUUACCCAUUCUCUAGUUCGGAGGCAACGGCUAAGGCACCACUUGAUGAGGUGGUGAUGGACGUGGUGGGCCCCCUGAAGCUUGGAGCUGCUGGAGCUGAGUACUUCCUCACUAUUGUUGACGUCUACACCCGUAUGACUUGGGUGUACGUGCUGGCCAAGAAGAGCGACGUGGCUGAAACGUUGAAGGCGGAUUGGUUCCCGAUGGUGGAGCGGCAACAAGACCGUCUAGUCAAGUCAAUCCGCACCGAUCGAGGGGGAGAGUUCCUGAGCAAGGAGUUUGGGUUGUGGCUGAAGAAGAAUGACAAAUGGGUGCCCUAUGUGGAGUGGCUAGGAAGGAAGCCAAAGGUGGAUAUGCUUCGGGUGUUCGGGUGCAUGUGCAUGGCGCUUGUGCCUAAACAUCUUCGGCACAACAAGCUUGGUGCCAAGGCGGUGUGGGCCGUGCACUUGGGCAUGGCUCAAAACAGCAAGGGAUGGCUUCUUUGGGACCCAUUCACCAAGAAGUUCUUGGUGAGCAGGGACUGCAAGUUCAUGGAGAACUUCAUGUACAAGGAUUGGAAGGCGGAGAAUGAGGCGAAGAUAGGCGUGCGGUUUGGGGAGGUGAAGAGUUCCGGUUUGGAGCAUGUGGAGCUGCCUUUGGAGCUGAGCAGCGGCAGCACAACCACGAGGCAAUCCUCCCUUGUGAAAGGGGGAGAGGAGGCCACUGAUGCAGAGGAAGAAGAGGAGGAGGUGCAGCAAGUGAGUGAGCGUGCACCGUCACUCCCUUCCCGUACCACGAGUGCUCCACGGAAUCGAGCCACACCGCAGCGACGCCAAGGCCUUCAAGUCGCUGCAGCUGAGGAGGAAGGAAGGGGGAAGAGGAGAGUUCAACCCCCUAAUAGGCUGACCUAUGAUGCACUUGGAAAGCAAGGCAAGACAGCCCUGGCCGGAGCGGCAAUGAUGGUCGGAGACGAUGAGGAGAGUGACUACGAGGAGUGUGCCUUCGCGUUCUUCUCUCCGGUGGAGAUGCCGGGAGAACCAGCAACUCUCAAGGAGGCUUUGGAAAGUAGUGAUGCUGAGGAGUGGAAGAAGGCUUUGGAGAGUGAGCUGAAGAGCAUCGAGGAGAAUGACACGUUUGAAUUGGUGGAGCUACCGGAGGGGCGUACGGCGAUAACGUCCAAGUGGCUCUUCAAAAUCAAGUCGGAUGCCGACGGCAAGAUCGAGCGUUACAAGUCUAGGCUUGUAGCCAAGGGGUACCAGCAGAAGGAGAAGGUGGACUUCAAGGAGCUGUUUGCCCCUGUGGUGAAGCCGACGACGCUGCGAACCCUAUUCGCGGGAGCCGCCAUCAAAGGAUGGGUGGUGAAGCAAAUGGACAUUGUGACGGCAUUCCUUAACGGCAUCCUUGAGGAGGAGAUUUUUAUGGCACAGCCAGAGGGGUUUGAUGAUGGUAGUGGCAGAGUGUGGAAGCUGAAGAAGGCCCUCUAUGGGCUGAAGCAGGCCCCUGGGCAAUGGUACAUGAAGCUGCACGAAGUGUUGGAGGAGAUCGGCUUCACUCCCUCAACGGCCGAUCACUCCUUGUUCAUGCUUGGCGAGGGGGAGCAGAGGAGCUUCAUGGUGGUUUAUGUGGAUGACAUUCUCAUAUUCUCACCCUCCUCUGACCUUGUGAAGGAGGUGAUGCUGAAGCUGCAUGACAAGUUCAAGUGCAAGUCCCUUGGUGACGUGAACUUCUACCUUGGGCUCCACAUCGAACGAGACGUGGAGAAGCGGAGCAUGCGAGUGCACCAACGGAAGUACCUGGAGGCGUUGGCUGCCAACUUCGGCCAGAGUGAAGGUCAUGUGGCUACUCCCUUUCCCUCUGGGUUCAAGUGUGUGAAGGGGCCAGAGGAGGAGAGCGUUGGAGAAGAGGAGAGGCGCCGAUUUCACUCGUUGGUGGGCAGCCUCAUGUAUGCGGCGGUAAACACUCGACCGGACGUCACGUUUGCUACCGGGCAGCUGGCUAGGGUUCUGCAAUGCCCUAAUGAGGAGCAGGUAGCAGCUGGAAUGAGGGUGUCCAAGUAUCUUGGCCAAACAGCGACUGUUGGGCUGCAAUACUCGGCGGCGGCACAAAGGCGCCAAAAGGGCGCGGAUGGUGUUGAACCCGGGCAUUUGUUCCUCACCGCCUACUCGGAUGCUUCAUAUGCAUCAGAACCAGAGGACAUGACAAGUGUGGGAGGCUUCAUAUGCUGUGUUGGUGGAGGCCCAACUGCUUGGGAGAGCAAGAAGCAGGUUGACCAAGCUUUGAGCUCGGUGGAGUCCGAAUACAUGGCACUCUUCCGUGCCGUACGGGAGAUUGUGUGGCAGCGGCGUUUGUUGGCUGAAUUGGGGGAGGAGCAGCAAGGACCUACCCCACUGUAUUGUGACAGCCAGGGUGCCAUUGCUCUUGCUAAGAACCCUGUGUUGCAUGGACUCACGAAGCACAUGAGGGUGAAGUGGCAUUGGACGAGAAGCAUGGUAACCGCGGGUGAAGUUGAGUUGCGCUACGUGAAGACCACGGGGCAGCCGGCUGACAUGAUGACCAAGAGGCUGGUGGAGCAGCAGCAUUGGAAGUGUUGCAAGCUGGCUGGGAUGGCUCUGAACUGA